AUGGAGGAAGGCGAGAUCUCAAACGACGACCUCUACAACGCCCUCCACCAGCGUCUGGUGGCUACGGGCGAGUGGGCUCGCCUGUCGACACUGCUGAAGCGCAUGCUCGACGAUAGCGGCUGGGAGGGUGACCUCAAUGGACACGCCCUCGAACUGGCAAAGUCGCAGCAGACGCUAUCCAUCCACGACCUCAUGGCCUCGCUCACACCACACGCCAAAGAGACGCUACCAACGCACAUCAAGACCCACAUCGUCUCGCUGCUCCGCGACUUUCUCGAUCGCAACCUCGAAGACGCCUGA